UGCUUCUUGCAACCUCAAAAAAAAAAAUCAUCAUCUUCUUCUUCCUAGUUGUGCUUCUGUAAGGCAUGGAGGAGUCGUUGGAGUGCCUCGUCGAGAGGGUUAAGGAAGAGGUUUUCUCUCCCUCCGCUGACAUGUACUCCUUCUUGCCACCGUCCGCCUACGAGACUGCAUGGGUAGCCAUGAUACCCAAUCCUGAACUUCGUCGUCGUCCAAUGUUCCCAAACUGUUUGGAUUGGGUGCUCCGUAACCAGAACCAUGGAGGGUCAUGGGGAGACCUUGAUCUCACCAUAGACAGCCUCACUGCUACUCUGGCCUGCAUUGUUGCGCUUAAGACCUGGAACGUUGGUUCCAUAAAUAUAGAAGAAGGAUUGAAGUUUCUUCAUGCAAACACGGAGAAGCUGCUUCCGAAACACCAGGGUGGCAUCCCCCGAUGGUUUGCCAUCUUAUUCCCUGGCAUGCUUGAGCUGGCGAAGGACAAAGGUUUGAAGGUGUUUCCUCAGGGUUACACAAGAGCCCUGGAAGAUGUCUUCAAUGAAAGGGAGAAAAUUUUCAAAAUGGAAGAAAUAUCCUGUGGUGGUCACCAUCUCCCAUUUCCACUGUACCUCGAGGUCUUGCCGUCAAUCUACCAAGGGAAGCAUGAAGAUAUUCUUAAACAUAAGAGAGAAGAUGGGUCGCUAUUCCAUUCCCCGUCCGCAACUGCUUGUGCUUUCAUCAUCACUGGAGAUAGAGAUUGCAAGCAGUAUUUGGAAGCCAUGGUCCAAAGAUGCCGGCGUGGAGUUCCUCCCACAUAUCCUGUGGACCAAGAACUUAUAAAGCUGUGUCUGGUGGACCAUUUGAUGCGCCUAGGAUGUGGUGAACAUUUCACCAACGAAAUAGGAGAUGUGAUGGAUCGCCUUUAUUGGAAUUGGGAGAUGAAGGAGUUGGAACCUGCUAAGAUGCACGAUCUGUCGUUCCAAAUUUUCGGGGAUUCUUUAGCCUUUCAACUCUUGAGGAGGCAUGGCUAUCGAAUAUCUCCAGAGAGGUUUUGCCGGUUUAUGCGUGAACCACAAAUGCUCUUGUAUAUGGAAGAGAACUACCAAGACUUCUUUGGAGCCAUGUAUGCUGUCUACAGAGCCACGCAUUUGAUGUUUUUAAAGGAACCAGAGCUCGAAAAUGCAAAAACUUUCUCCAAGAAAAUAUUGCAGAAGGGAUUGCCAAGUGAAGAUUUAAACGACAGCCCUUUGGUUCUUUCUGAUCACCAGAAAGAGAUUGAGCACGAGUUGAAGCAUCUAUGGUUAGCACGAAUGGAUCAUCUGGAGCACCGGAUGUACAUAGAAAGAAGUAAAGGUUAUAAUCUAUGGAUCGGAAAGUCUUCAUCUUACAGACUGACAUGCCCCGACGACAUUAUCCAGCUCGCCACAAAAAAUUUCACGACUCGCCAAUCAGUCUAUAGGACUGAACUCAAGGAACUAAAGAGGUGGUCCAAAGAUACGGGCCUUGCCAACAUGGGCUUCGGACGAGAGAAAACAACAUAUUGUUACUUCAUUGCUGCUACUCCCAUUUCCCAUCCUUUAGAUUCUGAGGCGCGGAAAAUUGUGGCAAAGUGUGCAGUCUUAGUUACAGUUGCAGAUGAUUUUUUUGAUGAACACGGUUCAUUGGAUGAACUACAACGCCUCAAUGAAGCAGUCCGAAGGUGGGAAGGAGAAGGCUUAUCCGGGCAUAGUAGAGUUAUUUUUGAUGCCCUUGAUGACCUUGUAUGUGAUGUUGCAUUGAAGAUUUUCAACCAGCAAGGAUAUGAUAGGAAAACACUUCUUCAAGAUAUCUGGCGAGAUGUGUUCGAUGUGUGGUUGAAGGAGUCCGAGUGGAGUAGAAGCAGACAGGCGCCAUCAAUUGAUGAAUACCUCAGAGUUGCCACGAUCUCUGUAGCUGCACAAGCGAUGUUUCUCCCCGCAUGUUAUCUUGCAAGUCCGAAGCACCCACAGAACUCUCCAGGAACCCGUCAUAGCAAAAUUACCAACUUGUUAAUGCUCUCAGCACGCUUACUGAACGACAUGCAAAGCUACGAGAGAGAAAUGAAGGACGGGAAACUGAACAUGGUGCCAUUGUACUUGAAAGAGAACCCAAGGGCAAAUAUUGAAGAUUCAAUUGCAUACAUAAAGAACAUACUGGAAAGGCUCAAGAAGCAGAUGCUUGAAAUUAUGAUGACUGAUGACAACACUGAAGUGCCGAAAGAAUGGAAACAACUCCAUCUAUGUAUUUUGAAGGCGUUUCAGAUGCUUUAUGACACUCAAAAUGCAUUCGACUCACCUACUGCGCUACUUCAGGACAUUAGCAUGGCCAUCUACGAGCCAUUAGUUAUGGAUUCUCAGAGAACGCUUUUGGCACCGUUGGUGCUUAAUGCUCGUGAGUCAAAUAAGGAGAAUACAGGACGGUCUACAUUGGAUGAUAUUCCUGAAAAAGAACUGUCGAUGAAGGCUGAAGCUCGGCUUCAAGGAGUGAACCGUAAAAUAGUUUACAAGUCAAAAGCAAUGCCUUCCAAAAUCCAGCAGUCCCUAUGCAAUGUGAGGCCCCAAAAUUUGCUUAGAGUACGGUGCCCAUCUUCCUACAUGCUUUUAGCUGUUCCUCCCGUUUCUCCAAGUCCUUUGUUGAGGAUGUAGACGUGGCAUGGUUCAGGUGUGCGUGUUGAAGAAAUAUUUAUAUCUAUGCUGCCGUAUCUUCUGUGUUGUUACGUAUAUACUGAAAGAGCGCAACACAUAUAUUAAUGAUAAUAAAGGAAAUGUAAGCGCAAUGAGAAUGUAUGGUUGAUUCUGUCUGCACCCUUAUUCAUGU